ACGGUACAUGGGUGUGUUGUGCCGCCGACCCCGCCCACAGACCUCGCUAGCGCGCUUCUAAAAUUAAGCAUCAGCGCGCAUAUACGAAUACAUUAACUAGCUCGGACAGAAGCAAGAAAAUGGCAAUGUUGCGAUCUUUGGGUAAUUUGAGCAAAUUUUCAGUAAGGCAUGGAGUAUUUAGACCUGGCUUCUUCCAAGGAAAAAAUAUGUGUUCCGCCGCUGCCGCAGAGAAUGUCAAUAGUACCAGCACAUAUAACAGUAACAGGCCUUUGAUUGGCCAAGCAGAGACCAUGAUGGAUAUUGGAACGAGGCCUAUCUUCAGUGAGGAACAUGAUAUGUUUAGAACCAGUGUCAGGAGAUUCUUCCAAGAGGAGGUAGCCCCAAAUCAGGACAGGUAUGAGAAACAGAGGGUGGUGGAUAAAGAGUUAUGGGAAGCUAUGGGUUCAGCUGGAUUGCUUGGUGUUGACAUCCCAGAGUCUCAAGGAGGAAUUGGAGGAGACCUGUUAAUGACUUCCAUAGUUUGGGAGGAACAAGCUUAUGUGAAUUCAGCUGGUACAGCCUUCCCCAUGCAUAGUGACAUUGUCAUGCCCUACAUAAGUCAGUAUGGUACCCCAGAACAGAUUGAAAAGUUCAUACCUGCAAUGACAGCUGGAACUAAAGUGGGUGCCUUGGCAAUGACUGAACCUGCAGCUGGAAGUGAUCUACAAGGUAUCAAGACUUCAGCCAAGAAAGAUGGAGAUGAUUACAUUCUGAAUGGGAGCAAGGUAUUCAUCACAAACGGUUACCUUUCUGAUGUGGUGAUUGUUGUAGCCAUCACAGAUCUUAAUGCUCAGAAGAAAGCUCAUGGCAUCAGUCUUUUCUUGGUAGAAGCUGGUAUGCCAGGGUUUACCAAGGGUAAACCACUGGAAAAGGUUGGACAGAAGGCUGUGGAUACUUGUGAGCUUUUCUUCGAGGAUGUACGCCUUCCAGCCAGUGCUUUGUUAGGUCCAGAGAACCAAGGUUUUUAUAUGCUGAUGAAUCAACUUCCUAGAGAGAGGCUUAUUAUUGGAGUUGGUUGUCAGGCACACACAGAGUUCAUGUUUGAGGAGACCAGGAACUAUGUCAGGCAACGUAAAGCAUUUGGGAAAACACUUGCUAACAUCCAGACAAUCCAACAUAAGCUAGCUGAGCUGAAGACAUUGAUCUGCAUUGGAAGGAGCUUCCAAGAUGAUUGCCUCAGACUGGCUGCAGAAGGCAAACUAGACACGUUUACUGCAUCUAUGUCAAAGUACUGGGGUUCAGAUGUCAUUAACAAAGUAUCAACAGAAUGCCUUCAGCUUCAUGGUGGAUGGGGUUAUAUGUGGGAGUAUGCGAUUGCCAGAGCUUACUGUGAUGCGAGAGUUGGUGCCAUUUAUGGUGGUAGCAAUGAGAUUAUGAAGGAACUCAUCUAUCGACCCAUCAUAGCCUCAGAUUAAAAGUAGAGGAUCUGCUUUAACAAUACGUGCCAUAAAGUCUUUUCAAUAAAGGUUUAUAUUUAACCCAUUCCAAGCGCAGGUAUUUUGUUGUCAGUAUGAUGUAUUAUUGAUUAAUUAUGAUUAAUAAUGCAAGUCUGCUCUUAUGUGAAGGGAUGUGAUAUAUAUUAUUGAAUCAAAAUCAAUAUUACUCAUAUAUCCAAAGUUAAUAUUAUUGGUUUCAUAAUAUAUUAUAAAACACCAACCUUGAAAAGGCAACAAAUAUCAUUGUAGAAUUCAACAUGAUGUAGUUUGUCAAAACUAUUAUAUAUUUAAUUGAUGAAUAGUAAUUCUUAUUAAAUUACUUACAUUUUCAAAACAUUUAUAGUUCAUAUUAAUUUUGCAAUUCAGGUAUUUUACCUCAAACUAUUUUUUGGUUGAUUAUAUCAAAAUCGAAAUAUCAAAAUACCUAUUUUGCUCAAUUUUGGCCAAUAGACUAGAAGUAAAUCUAGUAGAAAUAUAGCCUACCCCAAGCAUUUUAUUUUGCUAAUUUUAUAUGCGUGUGGUGUAUGUAGUACAGUUAAUGCGGGUACGAUUAUGCAGUUUUUGUAGGUGCAGGCCAUGGUACGCACGCUCUUUGAUUUUGGUAUCCUAUUGCACUGCCGGCUCUCUUGCUCGAGUGUGCAAUAGGCAUCAUGUGUUGGCGUGCUACAGCUGUUUUCUCUGAAUGCCAUAUAAUGUGCAUUAAUCACCUGUCGAGGAUCUAUGUAUCUUUUGUUUUAAUACACGUAUAUUAUGGACAGCAUUCAUGUGGGUUUGAAAAUUGUACAAAUACUUUUUACAGAAGCGAGAAAUGUGGAAAGUAUCUGUUCCAGAAAGUCGUUGGAAAGUAUAUUUGUUCAAAAUAUUUCUGUUUUUCUAAUAUGCUUGUAACUUGACAAUUUAUUUUUACAUGUCAUAAUGUCAGUUAUUUUGUGUAUGGACCUGCCUGGCAAAGCAUUAAUUUCAAUUUGGUAACUUUGUAAAUCACUUCAGAUUAUGCUAAACCUGUUGCUUUCCUCUUAAAUAAGUCAAUAUUUACUUCAUAGACACAUUUAUGUGAUCCCAGGAAAUCAGACUUAGGUAAGGUUACUUUUAUUGAGGACUGUACAGGGUAGUUAUAAACCUUGCUUUGUCUUUGUAUUCUAUUAAAUGACCUCAUGACCAUUCUGACAGGACGUGCUUCUUAAUUUUCAUCAUAAAGUUUUUAAUAUAAUAUAUACUUCCUGAUAUGUACUUGAUGUUAAGACAUAACUUUGCAAUAUAUUGUUGUUGUUAUUGGUACAUGUAUUUACUACUAGUAUACAAUUUCAUGACAUAUAGUAUGUUUGAGUUUGACAGGGGGGGUUGAAGGCCAUUGACUUUAUGAAACAUUUACUUAAUGUGGUAUGCAGAGACCAAUUUUGUGAAGACAACUUGUUAGAUCAAAUACCCUUGAAAUAUUUUGAAAUCUGUUAACUUGAUCAGUGUUUUCCCAGUUGUUGCAAUAAUGUAUCAAGAUUUGUAGCCCAGUUUGUUCAGCCAGUAUCUUUAAAUUAAUACAUUUGGAAAUGCAUGAAUGUGUCCUUACUUUUGAGUGCCAUAUAAUUGAUAUAUUUUCAGCAAGUUUUGGGAGUAAUGAUGGUGGUAAUCGACUGCAAAGAAAGCAUAAAUCUUGUUGGUAAGCAACUAGAGGACCAACUGCUUGAGAUACUGAGUAAUAGGAUGAAUACCGGUACCUUAAGGUUACUAGUUCACCAACUGUGUUUUGAAUUAUUCUUUUUAUUCAAAGAUGAAAUAAAAAUCAACAUAGGAUUAAAUGAUGCUUUAUUAAGUGCCACUUCAAGUACAUUUAAGUACACUUCAUUUUCAUAAUGUGUAUAUAUGAUUAAUUAAGUUGCAAAUGAUUUAAUAUAAUAUAAUGGAGACUUGAAUAACCACCAAUGGCAGGAUACAUGUAGGUUGAACAUUGUACAUAAUUAUUUCACUCAUUUUUUGUCUACUUGUUGUUCGUCAUUAGGGAAUGAGAAGAGAUUAUAUCUUUGUGUACGAACGAACGUACUGUUUUAAUAAACAUGUAAUGAAUUUA